CCUGUCAGAUGCAUAUAACGAUUAAAACAAACAUCAGUGUGCAAGACCUAAAACGACCACUUCCUGGAGUUGUAGCGGGUGUUUAGAAUGUCGUUUUUGCGGUAUGUCAGCCCUCAAAUCGAGCAUGUUACGCUCACAGCGUGCAGUGGACCUGGCCACCGAGUAUUGCAAGGAGGAGGAAGCCAAGAUUAACGCGAGCAUCCGGCGCUGUCGGGAGAUACUGCGCUCUCUGAGAAGCCCGCAGAGGAUUUCUGCCGAAGAAGACGCGCUAGCCGCAGGAGUAAAGGACGGACCCGCUGUGCCCCCAGAGGAGCUGGAGGAGGUUUGGCUGCUGGAGGGGGCGCUGGCCAGAGCACUGCGCAUCCGUAGCGCUUUGGGGGCCCCUGAGUGCACAGCAGCUGCCGGUUCAGAGGGCAGAGACUGGAAUCGGACAACAAGCACUAACCACGUGAUCGGCUCACUGGCCCCUAAAUCCACCUCCAAGCCCUCAGUGAAUUAUAAGGAAGCACAGAAGCUUCCAGUUUCCCGGCACAGAGGGGGGCGCACAGGCGGCUGUGCCGCAGCAGGGGGGAGGGCUGCAGCCAGGCCUGGUCCCGCCGCCCAGACACGAGUGAGAACGGCACACUGCUUGAGAAAAACCAAGCACCCCCCCACAGCAUCCGCCUUGGGAUGUCAGCGUCGUGCGGAGCCGGUCUCCCGGCCGCCGGAAGAGAGGGGCACAGCUGUGACCUCCGGCCAGCGCCGUGGCGGGGGCUGUGUGACUGAGACAGAGCAGACGGGAGCAGGAGGCGUGACUGCUGGAGAUGCUGACUCUCGGGCUGCUGAUGAUGGGAACCCGUCCCAGUUCCUCUCUGCCUGGAGAACGCAGAGCGCCAAACAGGACAGGUUGUGGGACAAAAUUUUGACCAGAGUAUCUCACCCUUUGACUGAGAGAACCGAAUUUAUAGAAAGACUGCGCGGGACGUUCCCCGCUUGCUGGCCCCACGGCGGCCCCACGGACACCCAGGCGGAGGUGGGCCAGCUCAUUCUGCAGUGCAGGGCCCUGACUCACUGCUACCAGACCGAACUGCAGACUGCCAGGCCGGGCGGGCCGCCAGAUGGCAGCGGCGAGGAGAGCUGCGAGUCCCAGCUGAUGCUGCAGGGCCUGGCAGAAAUGGUGGGCGACCUUCUGCACCGAGUGGAGCAGCUGAAGAGUGAUGCUGACGUAUGGGAGCGCCUGUGUAGCCGGGACCCAGCUGGAUGUCCAAUCAAGUCACGCUGGCCCUGGGAGGCCCCGCCCACCCCCCUCUCCUACAGCAGCCAGACGGAGCUGGUGGCCCUGGAAGGCCUGAGGCUGAGUGUGGCGCUGCUGCAGCAGGACGUUCAUCUGCAGCUGGUCCUGAGCGAAGCCCUGGGCUCCUGCUCGUCUCCCCCGCUGCCCCGUGAGAGACGCCCAAGCCCAAGUGUGCUGCGAGGCCUCUACUCCCUGCUGGCCGAGGGGGGCCUCCGCUUCCCCGCCCUGGUCCUGGACACGGAGCCGGAUUAAAACAUGUGGCAGGACAAGUGUGAGGCCCGGGACCAUGUGUAGGCAGGCAGGAGCGUCUGACGGCCCUCGAACAAAAGUGAGCGCAAGUCUGACGCUGAUGCCAAACACUCACUGUGGCAUCUGCAGAGCUGCCUCUGAAUGUUGCUAACGGCACUGCCUGCUGGUGUUUGGGUCCGGCUGUGUGUGUGUGUGUGUGUGUGUGUGUGUGUCUGUUUGAUGAAUUCCAGCAGUCUUUGUUUUCUCUGCAGAAUCCGCCAGCUCUUUCAGUUUGAUUUAUUUUUUGUGUGAAUCUCCAUGUCAGAUUCAUAAUAUUAAAGUACGUCACAAUGACCAGUAAUGUCAAAAGGAAUUUCUGUCCAAUAUGGGGGAAAUUUUAUGUGCUGUCAUGGCAUCAAACCAUAAAUGUGCCUCAUUAAUAUGGUGGAAAAAAAAUGUGAUCUGAUUCUUAUUAAUAUUCAUGCAGUGGCUGCGAUUUACCUGAACGGAUUUUUCUCAGAAGGUGUCCUGCUUACUCUAUCCCUCCCUGAGGCUCGUAAGUGGAAUUUCCCUCAUUACUGCCCAGCUUCUAGCACUGGUGUGGCAUCUCUCCACCAGCAGGUGGCAUGUUUCUCAUUGUGCUCGGUGUCUCUCAGUCUGGUCCUCGGGGACCUCCAGACAGUCCACCUCUUAAGGGUAUCAAAUCAAUGCUUGAUAAGAAGUGCUUCCAGUUUGCCAGAAUCUGUAUGGCGUGUUGAUCGCAUAAUUUAUUUCAUAGUGCCUGCCAGACAUCUGCCACAGCGAUUUUAUAAAUCUUAAUUCUAAUAAUGCUGUGUGAUCGGGUUGCAUGAAAUAAUAAAGUAAUGUUCCAAGCU